AUGACUUCAGAAGACAUUCACGCAGCGGUCCCAUCCUCAAAACAAAACUCGUCCAUCCGUUUUACGGUUGGCAAGGUUGACGCGGGCAUGACUAUCCUCUUGACUGAAGACCAUCACCUUAUCGAGUUUCCUUCCUUGUUGUUACCCAAAGGGGUCUCUGCUGGCUCGGUAGUCAACAUCUCGGUGAAUCGUGAUUUGGAAGAAGAGCAACGUCGUCGGGAUGAAUUCUGGGCCCUUCAGGAUGAGAUCUUGGACCAGUUUGGCAAGAACCCACCUAAGACUCCCACUUUACGUGUUUUGUCCCUCACUCAAUCUACCUGCAUACUUGAAUGGGACCCUUUAGUCUUGAACCAGGCCAGCCUCCGUUCCUUGGACGUUUACAAGAAUGGUGUUAAGCAAGGACACUCGAUUGCAAACCCCUUCCACACGACCAAAUACAAGCUACAGGGACUGGAAAUUGAUCAUGAAUAUUCGUUCCAAAUCGGGAUCAAAACCUCUGCAGGAGCACUUUGGAGCAAUGAAGUCAAGGCUAGGACUCACACACUCGAGAAUCUGACAGGAACCAACAUUUGCUUCGGCGUCUUUGAAUCCGAAGCAGCUCUGGAAGAAUGUAAAAGAUUGAUCGUUGAAAUCGGAGGCAAAUGGACCGAAGAAGUUGGCGUUGAGACAACACAUUUGUUGUGCCAUGUUCAAGGUGGAAACGAAUAUGAAGCGGCAUUGCAGCAGUCUAUUCCCAUUGUCAAACCCGAAUGGCUGAAGGCUUGUGUCGAACACAAAAAGCUCCAGGCUGCACUUCCAUAUUAUUUAGAUCAGCCUGCGAGCAAUGGUAUCUCCAAUACCUCUGACGCUGCACAACAUUAA